AUGGCGUCGGAGCUACCCUUCAAAUUAAACAACAAGGAUAUAUUCCGCGAUCAUUCUCUCGUCAAUGGCGAGUGGGUAGACGCCCAAUCCAAAAAGCGUGCUCCUGAUAAUGGACCUGAGGAUGUAGACAAGACUGUCCAAGCUGCUCAGACGGCUUUUGAGUCUUAUCGCAAGGUCAACCCUAGAACUCGGGCACAAUGGCUUUUGAAGUGGGAUGCACUCAUUCGAGAGCACAGAGACGACAUUGCGAAGAUCGUAACCUAUGAGACUGGCAAACCCAUCGCUGAGAGUCAGGGAGAGCUCGACUAUGCUCUAGGAUUUACUUGGUGGGUUUGGUGCUAUGUUGGCGUUUUGGAGAUACGAACGGUCUCUACACCCGCAGCACCAGGUCGUCGUGUCUUUACCAUUAAGCAGCCCAUCGGUGUUGCGGUAGCACUGACACCAUGGAACUUCCCCAUCGCAAUGAUCCUCCGUAAAGCUGGAGCAGCUCUGGCAGCAGGUUGCACUAUGAUCGUCAAGCCAUCGCCAGAGACACCUUUCUCCGUCUUGACUUUGGGCUACCUGGCUCUUCAAGCAGGCUUCCCUCCUGGUGUGUUCAAUGUUUUGACCACCAGUCUCGACAACACUCCAUCGUUGUCUGGAACCUUGUGCCGACAUGAGUUUGUGAAGAAGGUCACCUUCACAGGCAGCACUCGUGUUGGCAAACUGGUAGCCAAAAUCUGUUCUGAUGGGUUGAAGAAAGUGACACUCGAACUUGGAGGCAAUUGCCCCUUCCUCGUGUUCGAAGAUGCAGACCUGGAACAAGCAGCCAAUGGCCAAGCCUGCAUAACCGCCAACCGCGUCUACGUCCAAAAAUCAAUCUACAAAGACUUCACCGAGCUCAUAGUCCAAAAGACCAAAGGCCUCGUGAUGGGCCACGGCAGCGAGUCCAAAACAACCCUCGGCCCUGUAACCACCUCCCGCGGCCUCGACAAAGCCGAAUCGCAAGUCAAAGACGCGGUCUCUCAUGGAGGCAAAUUGCUACUCGGCAGUGGCCAAAGAAACAAAGAUGCAGAAGGUUACUUCUUCGAACCUGCGAUUAUCGGAGAUGCGAAUGCGGAGAUGUUGAUUGCGAAUGAAGAGACUUUUGCACCUGUGCUUGCAAUGUUUCCUUUUGACACUGAGGAAGAGGCGGUGGAGAGGGCGAACAACACCAGUAUGGGGUUGGCUAGUUACUUCUUUACCAAGAAUAUUGACAGGACUUGGAGAUUGUUUGAGAAUCUUGAAGCUGGUAUGAUUGGUAUCAAUACUGGCAACUCGUCUGCCGCAGAGAGUCCAUUUGGAGGUAUCAAGGAAAGUGGCUAUGGAAAGGAGUCAGGUAAGGAUGUUGCGGUCAACGAGUACUUGAUCACAAAGACAGGCACCUUUACUUUGGAUGGCCAAUACUAA